GUGACGGCUAUUCUAUUUACUAGCUCGGUAUUAUUAUUUAGCCCUUUAUUAAGUGGCGUCUUUUUGUAAUAAUGGUUAGGCUACAUAAAAGGAUCUAAGAGAACGAAUAAAAAAAACAUUUUAUAUAUUUAAUAAUGGCGGAGGCAGAAGUGAUCAGCAAUGCCACUCCCACGGAUGAGGUGAAUGGAGCUGGGAAUCUGAUGGACUUCCUAGACGAGCCCGUUCCUGACGUGGGCACGUAUGAAGAUUUCCACACCAUCGACUGGCUCAGGGAGAAAUCCAGAGACACAGACCGCCACAGGAAGAUUCGAAACAAGAGGAAGCAGUCUAUCUUGGAUCUUGUAAGGAGCCUACUGGAUGCCUGGUCAGGAUGGGUGGUCAUGCUGAAAAUCGGACUACUGUCAGGCACUUUGGCUGGAGUGAUAGAUCUAGCUGUAGACUGGAUGACGGACUUGAAAGAGGGCGUUUGUUUGUCUGCAUUCUGGUACAGCCAUGAGCAGUGCUGCUGGACAUCCAACGAGACUACAUUCGCUGACCGGGACAAAUGUCCUCAGUGGCAGAAAUGGUCUGAGUUGAUGACAGGACACACUGAGGGUGCUGGCGCGUAUGUGUUAAAUUACUUUCUGUACGUGCUAUGGGCGCUGUUCUUCUCCUUUCUGGCUGUGUCUCUGGUGCGAGUGUUUGCUCCCUAUGCCUGUGGAUCAGGAAUACCAGAGAUUAAGACAAUCCUGAGUGGGUUCAUAAUACGAGGUUACCUGGGGAAGUGGACCCUACUGAUUAAGACGGUCACUCUGGUGCUGGUCGUGUCAUCCGGUCUCAGUCUAGGAAAGGAAGGGCCGCUGGUUCACGUGGCCUGUUGCUGUGGAAACCUCUUCUGCAGCCUGUUCUCAAAAUACAGCAGGAAUGAAGGCAAACGUAGAGAGGUUUUAUCGGCUGCUGCGGCCGCUGGAGUUUCGGUGGCUUUUGGUGCUCCAAUAGGUGGAGUGCUUUUCAGCUUAGAGGAGGUGAGUUAUUACUUUCCUCUUAAGACUCUGUGGCGCUCCUUCUUUGCUGCGCUGGUUGCUGCCUUCACGCUGCGCUCUAUCAACCCAUUCGGAAACAACCGCCUGGUACUAUUCUAUGUGGAAUAUCACACCCCAUGGUACAUGGCUGAGCUAGUUCCCUUCAUCCUGCUUGGGGUAUUCGGAGGCCUCUGGGGCACGCUGUUUAUCCGGUGCAACAUUGCCUGGUGCCGCCGCAGGAAGACCACUCGCCUAGGAAAGUACCCUGUCUUGGAGGUAAUCGUUGUGACAGGUAUUACAGCUAUCUUGGCGUUCCCCAACCCAUACACCCGCCGCAGUACCAGUGAGCUCAUCUCAGAGUUAUUUAAUGACUGUGGUGCUCUCGAGUCCUCCCAACUCUGUGAUUAUAUCAAUAACCCCAAUAUGAGCCGCCCAGAAGACGAUAUACCCGACAGACCAGCUGGACCAGGGGUCUACAGCGCCCUCUGGCAGUUGACACUCGCAUUGAUCUUUAAGAUCGUCAUCACCAUCUUUACUUUUGGCAUGAAGAUCCCAUCGGGAUUGUUCAUCCCCAGUAUGGCCGUUGGCGCCAUUGCAGGAAGGAUAGUGGGCAUUGCUGUGGAGCAGAUGGCCUACCACCACCAUGACUGGAUCAUCUUUAAGAACUGGUGUCGUCCUGGUGCAGACUGUGUCACCCCUGGUCUCUAUGCCAUGGUGGGGGCUGCAGCGUGUCUGGGUGGAGUCACUAGGAUGACUGUGUCUCUGGUUGUCAUUAUGUUCGAGUUGACUGGUGGGUUAGAGUACAUUGUGCCGCUAAUGGCUGCAGCUGUUACAAGUAAGUGGGUGGCAGAUGCCUUCAGCAAAGAGGGAAUUUAUGAGGCACACAUCCGUCUAAACGGUUACCCAUACCUGGACCAGGAUGAGUUCACUCACCGCACGCUGGCCACUGAUGUGAUGCGACCACGUAGGAACGAGCCCCCACUCUCUGUCCUCACACAGGACUCUACCACUGUGGAAGACGUAGAGACACUCAUCAAAGAGACGGACUACAACGGCUUUCCUGUGGUCGUUUCGCGCGAGUCCGAACGACUCAUCGGUUUUGUCCAACGCAGGGAUCUGACCGUGGCUAUCAAAACUGCACGUCAGAAGCAGGAUGGUGUGGUGAGUAACUCAGUAGUGUACUUCACUGAGGAUGCACCCCAGCUUCCAGCCUCGAACCCACAGCCACUGAAGCUGAGGCGCAUCCUCAACCUCAGUCCGUUCACCGUCACUGACCACACACCUAUGGAGACUGUGGUGGACAUCUUUCGCAAGCUCGGCCUUCGCCAGUGCCUUGUCACUCGCAGCGGACGGUUACUCGGGAUCAUCACUAAGAAAGAUGUUCUACGACAUAUGGCCCAAAUGAUGAACCAGGACCCUGAGUCAAUCAUGUUCAACUAAAAGCCCGUUUUCUUCGCUGACCUCUCAUCGUGCCAAGCCAGUGGCCUCAAUAACCUUACAAACUGUAAAUAGUGCAACACUACUGUAACUGCAAGUAUUUACUCAUGUAGAAGUGUAAUUGCAAACCCUCAUGUGUUAUGGGCCAAAAAAGAUCAGAAUCUGAAAUGAAGACCUUGGAAGCUGUGCAUGGCAACAUUUAGAGGCACAUUGGAUCAGAUACAAUGUCAUACACACAGAUAUGUUCUUAAGGACAGAAUGAUAUCAUUAUAAUAUUUAAUGCCUGUUGCAAGACCCCAUCCUGUUGUAAAUGACAAUAGGUCUUCUGUAUAUUACUCAACAAUAACACGAUUUGAUGUCAAGACAGUAAUAUGCUUCCAGAUUUUAUUAUGUUUUUUAAAAGUCAAUGAACAUUGCCUCACAAAGUUGCUGUGCAUCGGGUGCAAAAAAAAAGGUCAAGUGUUUUAAGUCACUGUAAUUUGUGUUGAUCUAAUUGCUGCUGCCAUACCCUUUUUUUGUAAAACUAAAUCAUUAGAGGUUUUUUUUUUUCUGUAAUUUAUAAAAUAUUCCCUAUUAUAAGGGAUGUAAUGAACUGGAAAUGCUGGUACAGAUCCAUAAAAGGGACCUUUAAGUAGUUUCAGUCUGUUACACUCUUAAAAAAAUCAAUCUGUGUUAAAGGUCUUUUAUGUUUGUGCAGACUUUAAUUACACAAUUUAACUUAAGAUAUAAUACAUCAUAUGAUUACCGAUAGGGAUUAAGGGUUAAGUGUCUGCAUUUUUUGCUCUAUAGAACAGGGUAGAUUGUCAGGAGUGUUGAUCUGGAACUACACAUGAUCUGCUUUAAAAGUUCAGGAUUAUAUUAGUACCACAUUUUGCUUAUAUUUGUUAUUUAAACAUGAAUAUUUAUUUAGAUCUGAUUCGAAAGUGGCAAGUGUUACUUUUUGUGAUUGUGUUAAGUUUGUAUAUAUUUUUAUGUGGGCCUACUGCAUUUGCUCAGUACUAAAAUACAAAAUAGCAGAGAUCUGUUAAAUGGUACAAAUCUGUUUGUUUUAUUUGCCAGUUAUAUAUUAAAAAAACACUGAAUUAAUAAUUAUAAAGAAGAAAAAUAUAAUCUGCACCG